GCGAAAUCCCCCUUUUUUGGUGUUUCGGACGAGUUGAGAAGAUAAGGGAAUCUCGUCUCGACUCGUUUGUUAGCGAUGGUUACUUUGCGAAGAUUUGCUUCCGCCCACAUCAGCCGAGGUUGCGGCGCGCGCGCUAGAAGGGCGGGGCGUUGAUACACAAACGUCAUGCACGAGUCUCUGGGCUGGCCGACGUCGAUGAGAAACGGGUUCGAAGAGGGUAUAUAGGAGGUAAAGGGGAAUGAACUGCUCGUUCUCAUAACUUCCACUUCCAUUCGGUCGAUCAUCACUUCUUGAGAACAAAUUUCUACCAUGCCCGAAAUCAACGUCGCCCGUCUCGUCAAGCUAGACGAACCCCUCGAACUCGGCAAGGUCGCCAAGCCUACUCCGGGCCCGACCGACGUCCUGGUCAAGGUCGAGGCCUGUUGUCUCGUCCCAAACUCUUACAAUCUCGUCACUGGCAAGGCCAAACUGCCUAUCCCUGAUCUACCUUGCAUCUUCGGACUGGAUGUAGCCGGCACGAUCGAGAGCGUCAGGGAGCACGUCCUCAACCUCAAAGAGGGCGAUCGCGUCUAUGUCGACCCGUUCAUGUGGUGUCGGACUUGUCACUUUUGUAAGAAAGGUCGAAAGGAUAUCUGCCAAUACUGGGGCCUCCGUGGCUACUUUAGCAACGACGCCAACCCGACCAGUCGCAAGCUGCUCGCCCAGUACCCGAUCGGCGGAUUGUCCGAGUACGUCUUGGCUCCAGACACGAACCUGGUCGUGCUCCCCCAGUCGAUUGAUUUCAACCUGGCCUCGCGAUUCGGGUACAUCGGUACCUCGUUCGCCGCGCUCAAGCGAGUCGACACGGGCCCAGGCAAGACCUUGUUGAUCAAUGGGGUCACCGGGACGUUGGGCUACGCCGCUGUGGCUAUCGCUCUUGGCCUAGGUUGCACCAGGAUCCUCGGGAUCGGACGUAACAAGGAACGUCUCGCCGGAGUCGCCGGGUUGGGCAAGAACAACCGGGUCGUGACUCGAUCGUCCGAAGACGACGGCGAUAUCGCCGAAUGGAUCAAGGAGCAAACUUGCGGGCUGGGGCCGGACGUGCUUUACGAUUGCCUAGGUGUGGGCGGGGAUGCCGGCGGUACGAUGAAACUCAUCAAUACCGUCAAGACCGGCGGAUCCGCCAUUCUCGCUGCAGGCGGUGCCGAGGGCGACUUGACCCAGACCUACGCCGAGGCGAUGGACCACCAGGUAUCCAUCAUCGGAUCGAACUGGUUCUCCGGGGAUCACAUCGAAGAGCUCGUCGAUCUUGUCGACGCCGGAGUCAUCGACUUUGGGUACCUCUCUCAUAAGGUAUUCCCGCUCAAGGAGGUCAACGAGGCUUUCAAGUUUGUCGGAGAUCGCCCCGGGGGCGCUGUGAACGUGGUCGUCCAGCCGCAAACCUGAGAUGGGAAAAUGUCCGGCGGCUGAUCGCUGUGUACAGUAGUGUUUGUGAAGAUACGAAUCAGUCAUUAUCUUCAAUCCGUGUUAACGUCUCUCAAAUCAAGAACGCCC